AUGCAAGGCAAGGUUUUCGCCAUCACCGGUGCCGGGUCAGGCAUUGGUCAAGCCACGGCGCUGAGGCUCGCGGAACUGGGGGUGCAAGGCCUCGCGCUCAGCGAUGUGAACCAGGCAGGUCUGGAAGAGACUAAAUCAUUGUUGGCCAAAUACCAGACCCGAGUCACGCUCAAAAAAGUCGACGUCAGCAAUGUCGAGCAGGUCGACGCGUGGAUCCGUGAGACGGUCCAAGAACACGGCAAGAUCGACGGCGCCGCCAAUGUCGCAGGCAUUGCUACCGGCAACGGCCAGAUAACCGAGAGUAUUGACCAAUCCGCCUGGGACAAGAUGAUUGCCGUCAACCUGACCGGCGUGAUGAACUGUAUGCGCGCGCAACUGCAGCACAUCUCCCGACCUGGCGGGUCGAUCGUCAACGUGUCCAGCACGUCGGGUCUGCGCGGGCUGGCCAACAACGCCGCCUACGCCUCUAGCAAGUUUGGCGUCAUCGGGCUUACUGAGUCGGCGGCGGCCGAGUAUGGCAAGAAGGGGGUGCGGAUCAAUGCCUUGCUACCCGGUCCCAUCGAUACCAAAAUCUUCCGUGAAGGCGAGGCCAAAGGUCUAUUCAACGAAGAGAUCAUCAGCGGCGGAACCCUGAUGGCGCGCAUGGGCAAGGCCGAAGAAGUGGCCAAGGUCUUGGUCUUUCUUUUGAGUGAUGAUGCGUCCUAUGUGACUGGUGGUGAGUUCUCUACCUUCUCCUGA